AUGCCAUUUGGGGGUGGAUCACGCAUAUGUAUCGGCAUGCACCUUGCUCGAAUGGAAUUACGCCUGGCCACGGCCCUCUUUUUCCGUGCUUUCCCCCAGGCCUACAUUUCCACAAAAGAAGGAAUGACGGAAAAUGAUAUGCACAUAAAAGCCUCCUUCUUGAUGGGCCCGCAAGGCCACCGUUGUCUUAUUGAAGCCUAA